AUGGAGAUUGCCCAAAGUAUUAUUCAAGCCUCGGACAUUUGUACACCAGUAGACUCCCAAGGUAAGAAAAGGAAGAAUGAUAAGCCUCAAUCCCAGCCUCAAGUGCCCGUAAAUCAUACUAAAAUGCCUAACCGGCAAGAAUAUGGAGGACCCUCCCGAAUGGGGCCACCAAGAUUUAAUAAGAAUCGAAAGGAGAUUUACUAUGUAGUCCGAUCAGAAUUACCCAACCCACCUCGAGUGACGACGUUGAUGAACAGGAGAAACAUGGAAUUGUGGUGUGAAUAUCACAAAGAACAUGGUCAUACCCUUGCACAAUGUCGAGAACUUAAGAAGGUCCUAGAUUGUUUUGCUGAUAAAGGAAAGUUGGGACGUUUCAUGAACCAAAAUCAACAAUAUCAGCCUAAUCAUCCAAGCAACAGGUCCAUAAAGGACAGUGUCCAUACUCUGAUGAUAACUAUCAAAACCACCGACAAGCCCCCAACCAUUCCAAAAAUGAUUUUUAACGAGAAGAUGGGAAGUCCCAUCCAAUAUCCUCAUGCUGAUCCCAUUGUCUUAACUUUGAAAGUAGGACUAAUGAACGUAAGAAGGGUACUGGUGGACACUGGUAGUACCGUUGACCUCAUCACCAUGGAUUGUCUGAGACAGCCGAAAUAUGAGGCUCAUCACUUAGAACCUCUUGAUACACCCCUAGUGGGAUUUGGAGGAAGUCGGGUUAUCCCACUGGGCAUCAUCGUCUUGCCAGUCCGGUUGGGAGAAAAAGAAAAAGGAAGAUCCCUCCCACUAAAAUUCACCGUCGUUGACAUCCAGUUCCCAUACAACGCUAUUAUGGGCGUUCCCUUGAUUAACAAAGUAAAGGCCGUCAUUUCCACCCAUCAACUUUUCAUUCAAUACGAGAAGGAUGAUGGAACCAUUGGGAUACUUCAAGCAGAUCAAAAAGUUGCACGAGAAUGCCAGGUGAAUACCUUGAAAUUAGGGAUAAAAGCAGGGAACAUGGAUUGUAACAACCCGACUUACCGUUGA